CGCCGGUGGGAGAGGCUGCAUUGGAACCAAACGGCCCUCGCUGGCCUCCGUCGCCCGCCGUCGUCCCGGGCUCCCGAGGGCGCCUUUCCAGUCGCCAGCCCCGGUGUGCGCCCUGCCGCCUCUGCGUCCCCAAGGCCCGGGAAACGUCCGCCCUGGGGGACGAUGCUUAAGGCACCAGCGAAACCUUUUCCUGGAACAUCGGAAUUGUAACCGAGGGCAGGCCGGGGGCAGCCAUGCUGGAGCCCAGUGAACUGCAGUUUCCCAACGAAAGCAACGCCGAGGAGCUCUCCCAGCUCGCUUGCCUGGCGCUGUCGGACGACGAAGCGUCCAGCGAGCAGGACGCAGGUGGUACCCCCGACAAAACUGGGUAUCCGGACCCCGUGUACGUUAUGGCAGCGAACGUCUUCCAGGGCAUCCGAGUCGAAACGUCACCGGAGAAAGUCUUGAUCAAGUAUGGGAAGGAGCCCCUGCGGCCCUUGUCCAGCGGGUCCGAGGACGAGUCCUUCCAGCACCUGGCCUAUGAGCUGGCCUUCAGCGCCCUCAAGUAUCAAGGUAUUUUGGAAACUAUAUUAAUAGAUAGCUGCAUCUUUCCAAGUACUACAAUACCAGAUCAUUUGAGCAGUUUAAUUAUUGUGAUGCUGUAUGAUUUUCAAGAUAGAAAAUUUCAAGCUCGUCUCCUUUCUGAUAACAAACAGUGCAUAGUGGAAGUUCAAGAAGUAGAGAACCUUCUUAACAGUUUUAAGACAAAAUUGGCUGCGGCAUUGGCAAGAUGUCGAAUCAAACAUGAUGCCCUUUCAAUUGACCACAUUCUUCCAGAAACAGUUAGGAACCAGGAACUAAGGGCCUCCACUUUGCCACUUUAUGCUUGGAUAAAUACUUUAAAAAUUAGCCCUGAAGAAGUUUAUUUUAGUUUGAAGAAAAGAGGCUACACUAAAGUCAAAACUGUAUUGCACAUUGGUGGAAAAGUCUUUGCUGUGGACCAACAUUGCUAUGAUGUCUUAAUUUUUCCAUCUCAUCUUAAAAGUGAUCUUCUAAAUAUAGAUCUCUUCAAAGAUUAUAAACUCAUAUUUCAGGACAAAUCUCGAAGUCUUGCUGUCCAUUCUGUAAAGGCUUUAUUAAAUGUGGAUGAUGAUAUCUUAAUGGUCAAUACAGGUUCGUGGUACACAGUUGCCCAUAUGUCAAACUUAACAAAUAAUAUCUCAAAAAUAUUUGUGUGUGGAGUGCAAUCACAAGCUAAGCAUCCUGACCUGAAGAACCUUUUCACAAAAAUGGGAUGUAAAAAUAUUGAAAUACUUCCUGAGACAUUUCUGAAGGAUAAUAGAUUACAGAAAGUUAAAGUGAUUCUGCUGCUACCUCGUUGUUCAGGACUGGGUAUUAGUAAUCCAGUAGAAUUUAUUUUAAAUGAGCAUGAAGAUACAGAUUUACUUAAAGAUUUCUCUCAAGGAGGCACAUCAGAAGAUAAACUUCGUUUUCUUGCUCAACAGCAAUAUGCACAGCUAACACACGCAAUGAAAUUUACUAAAGCUCAAGCAGUUGUUUACUGCACAUGUUCAGUUUAUCCAGAAGAAAACGAAGUUGUUGUUAAGAAAGCACUGGAAUUUCAAGACCAUGGGACCAAAAUACAACCUUAUAGGCUUAGUCCUCCUGUCCUUCCACUGUGUUCCUUAAAGGAAGUACAUUCAUCUGCUGAUAAAUUCUUCAGAAUGGAGCCAUCUGAAAUUACCAAUGGUUGUUUUCUUUCUGUUCUAACAAGGGAGCGGGACCCAUCUGAGACAGUGUCUGUGAAAGAUGUGUUGGCUCGCGCUGCAGCAAAAGGUCUACUGGAGGGAAUUGAGUUGGGUAAAUCUUCAAAACGGGAGAAGAAGAAAAAAUCAAAAACAACAUUGCCAAAAGCUCCCUCUACUGACAGUAAAGGCAUUCAAGUGAAAAUUGCUGAGUUUCUGAACCGAGAAACUAGUGAAAAUGCCAGUGGGUCACAGGCAGCAACGACAAAAACCUCUCUUCUACAGAAAGGCACAGCUCCAGUGGGUGCUUCCUCACAGGCCAGAAAACCCAGCAAGCCUGCCGCCAAUCCCCUGGUGCCUGCUUUUAUGAAGAACACAUCUCUCCCCAGACCGUAUGAACGUCCCACAAACUUCGUGAGACCUCGCCCUGAAGACAAGAUGGUGGUACUGAAACCCGUAGAGAUUGUUUUGCCUCCAGUAAUGUUCCCAUUAUCACCUCCCCCAGGGAUCAGACCUCAUAUACCAGCUCCACAUUUUUACUAUCGUUGGUUUGCACCCAAAACUGUUGUGCCCGGCUACCAUUCCACGCCACCGAUCGCCAGAAAAGGGGAAAAGCCUAAAGGAAACUUACCUUCUUCCUUCCUCAGACAUCGGCGACCGUGGCUUUGAUUGUCUGGUGUGUGUGUGGUGGUUUUUCUACAAGGUCAAGAGCAGGGUUUUUUUCAGCGUGGUAUUUCUCUGAAGGCUAGACAGCCCUACACAAGAUACCCAUUCUUUCAGUCACUUAGUGUCUUCUACAGGUGAAUUAGCUUCAAGAGAGUUAAGACAAGUGAGACAACACAAUAAUGUAGGUGGUUAUGCAAAGCAAAACUCAGAGAUUUCAACAUCUCAGUGCUGAUCUGUUCUAGAAUGUCCACGUGUAGACUCAGCAGCUGUUAGAACUUGUCUCACCCUUGUUAACUUUCAGUGGGGACCUGGGACACCACUUUGAAAAGAAAGCUGCAACAGUUUUUCCUGAAGGGAAACAUUACCUUAUUCACAGGCUUUUUUCCUAACUUAACUUUUGAGGCAAUUUAGUUGAAAGCACAGGUGUGGAAAAGACGCUGGCCCUCUCUCACCGACUUUAGAUUGCUCUUCAGUGUCUAGUCAGUCACAGUUUAACAUUUUCAGUCACUAUCAAGGUUCACUUUUUCUUAAAUAUUAAAACAUGCAUGAAUAUGAUGUGAGUUUUGAUGGAGGUUGAGUCUGAGUAGGAAGAACAGGAAGCUCCAAAGUUCCAGGUGUGGGUAGGUCAGAUGUCCAGGUAGAGUGAACGCUAUUUCUCGUUGGAAGAGCUUCCAGGAUCUUGCGCAGAUCGGACAUAAUCGGCCCUCCCUUCUAUUUAUGCCAAAUAAGAUGGUAAAACAGUGACUAUAAGCAAAUUUCCAUCUAAAUAAUAAUUCUGAGGAAGAGGCAAACUGUUGAAUACAAGUGACACUGAAAUCUACAAGUCAUGUCAAAUGGCAAACAGUAAUCAAAUUUUGGUAAAUCAUUUCUGAUGCACAAUGAAAAUAUAGCAGUAUGUUAAUUAUAUUAAAAAUCAGUUAAUCUUGACUAUAUGAUCAAUUGUCUACCAAGAAUUGGUAUGAUUAUCAUUUCUGGGCCUACUGAUUUUUUUUUCCCCAUCAUGGCAAAAGAAAUUGCUUGACAUUAAAUGGAAUAAAUUACACCUAGAAAUCCUAUUGUUCAAAAAAUGUUCAUAGACACAUUCAUAAAGUUUGAAUUUAAAAUUCUAUUUUCAGAAUCCAGUUGUGUUGGACAGUGUUAUGUAAAUUUCUGAAUGUUCAAUUCAGGUGGCAUGAUUUUAGUAGAAUAUUACCUCUUCCAGAUAAAUGUUUAGAUCUGUUUCAGCUCUGAUGUUCUAUUCUUUAUUUUCUCACUUGAAGUGAGGAUAAAAAAUGGUGAAUAUCAUUUUAGUAGUAAUAAAUUAUUUUUAUUUUAGCUGAAGGUUUACAUUUAUCAGUGAAAUGUGCCAAUGAAGAAAGGAAACAAAAGUUUUUAUAUUUGAACCAGACUAUAUUUUCAAUAUCAAAAGGAUUCCCAUGUUAAUUAUGACUCUUACAAUGUACAAAUAUUUUAAAUGCUCAACUUAUUUCACUAAUUUCAAUAGUUAAAAACUAUGUGUUUCUUUGCUCUAAAAGUUAUAGUGUUUCACCCUCUUAUUCCAUCUGGCUUAGAGUGUUCCAUGCCUCUGGGAGGCCAGUGCAGCUGAAUUGCACUUUGUUUGGUAUUUUAUCCCAGAAAUCCUCUAUCCCUUUCCUACCCUCUUCCCUCUGCCCCAGGCUGAAAAGUACUCCAUUGUCCAAAAGUAGCAGGUCUGAGGUUUUUGUGGUAAGUUAUAUAAAGAAAACUUUUAUUGUUAGGAAAUAGUUCAGGAUAUUUUUCUGAUGUCUGUAGCAGCAUGAUUCAUGUCAUGUCACUUUAGCCGCUUACAUUCAGAAUCACAUAACAUGCACCUGCCUCUGAAUCAUUCUUCUCUUAGAAGUAUAUGGAGAUCCUGAUUAAACCAUUCACUAAGCCUGCAGGUUUCUUUGAGAAUCUCUAAGGGCAUGGUCAAUUAUUUAGAUACUGUGGUAGAGUCAGAAAGGAAAAGUACUUGGGAUAAAGACAAUAUUUGAGAAUUCUAGUGAAGGAGAAUUAAACAUUGACAUUUUUCUUUCUUGAGGUUCCUAGAGAAAGGUGUUGCAAAAAUCUAAAAUAAUACUGUAGAUAUUCCAAUAGCAAAUUCAGAUUUUUAUCUAAAUUUACCACUAUAUAAUACCUGAAACCAAAAUUAAUUUUUGUUCCUUGAGAGUAACUGCCUUUGAUAGAGUAAAAGAGAUAAACUAUCGGGGGGAAAAGUAAGAUGAGCAAAGAAUGGGAACAUACUUUAAAUUCUGUUUCCUUCUUCCACAUGUCUAACAUUUCAAUAAGUCAGAUUUAACUGAUUUGUUUUUCUAGU